UCCAGCCUGGGCUAUAGAGCAAGACUCUGUCUCGAAAAGAAAAGAAAAUACAGGCUCAUGCCCUGUAUGUGAGGAUCGUGGGACAGUUAUUUAAACAGUUAUCUAGAGGAGCUUCCUUAUUGCCUUGAAUAUUUUUCCUUUUAACAUUGCUAUGGACAUCUAGGAAAAAAUGCUGUUGAUAUUCCAAAAGGGGCAUUCCAUAUGCCUGAGAGGGAUCCCUGAGGCUCGAGGGUCACCUGGGCCAAGCCAGGUAUACACACUUGUCAUGGCAAGCUGGCUGUUACCAUAACUUCCCUGGUAUUGUUUUGCUGCAAGGACAGCGUUGUGGGGCUGUGGUUUGAAUUGCUUUUUUGUGCCUCUUGAAUACACAAAGUUCCUCCUAUAGUCAUUGGCUCUGCUGCCUCUGAUGAGGCACUUCCUUGUUCCCCACAUUUGAAUUUGCUCCCGAUUCGAGAGAGGCAGGCAUCCGCGGCAGCAGCUUCCAACCCAGACAGGCUUCAGUGGCGGGAGGGUGCCCCGGUGGGUGGGUGGCUGGCUGCUCGGGGCCCUACCUGGGCGGGAGCUGCUGCAGAGCCCUCCCCACGGGGCCUCCCCAGCACAGCACCUCCCGCUCCAGGCUGUUGGUUACCUGGCCGGGAGCUGGCAGAGACCAGGAUUUCUCCUCGCCACCGCCGUUGCUGUUGUCAGGGGAAACAGACCAUCUGCAUGUAGACCUGCCUCUCUCUCCCCACUUCAGACGAGCUCUUCCUGCCGGGAAUCUGUGAUCCAUACGUGAAACUUUCAUUGUAUGUAGCGGAUGAGAAUAGAGAACUUGCUUUGGUCCAGACAAAAACAAUUAAAAAGACGCUGAACCCAAAAUGGAAUGAAGAAUUUUAUUUCAGGGUAAACCCAUCUAAUCACAGACUCCUAUUUGAAGUAUUUGACGAAAACAGACUGACACGAGACGAUUUCCUGGGCCAGGUGGACGUGCCCCUUAGUCACCUUCCGACAGAAGAUCCAACCAUGGAGCGACCCUAUACAUUUAAGGACUUUCUCCUCAGACCAAGAAGCCAUAAAUCUCGAGUUAAGGGAUUUUUGCGAUUGAAAAUGGCCUAUAUGCCAAAAAACGGGGGUCAAGAUGAAGAAAACAGCGACCAGAGGGACGACAUGGAGCAUGGAUGGGAAGUUGUUGACUCAAAUGACUCAGCUUCUCAGCACCAAGAGGAACUCCCUCCUCCUCCUCUGCCCCCCGGGUGGGAAGAGAAAGUGGACAAUUUAGGCCGAACUUACUAUGUCAACCACAACAACCGGACCACUCAGUGGCACCGACCAAGCCUGAUGGACGUGUCCUCUGAGUCGGACAAUAACAUCAGACAGAUCAACCAGGAGGCAGCGCACCGGCGCUUCCGCUCCCGUAGGCACAUCAGCGAGGACUUGGAGCCUGAGCCCUCGGAGAGCGGGGAUGUCCCUGAGCCUUGGGAGACCAUUUCAGAAGAAGUGAAUAUCGCUGGAGACUCUCUCAGUCUGGCUCUGCCCCCACCACCGGCCUCCCCGGGAUCUCGGACCAGCCCUCAGGAGCUAUCAGAGGAACUGAGCAGAAGGCUUCAGAUAACUCCAGACUCCAAUGGGGAACAGUUCAGCUCUUUGAUUCAAAGAGAACCCUCCUCAAGGUUGAGGUCAUGCAGUGUCACCGACGCGGUUGCAGAGCAGGCUCAUCUACCGCCGCCAUCAGUGGCCUAUGUACAUACCACGCCGGGUCUGCCUUCAGGCUGGGAAGAAAGAAAAGAUGCUAAGGGGCGCACAUACUAUGUCAAUCAUAACAAUCGAACCACAACUUGGACUCGACCUAUCAUGCAGCUUGCAGAAGAUGGUGCAUCCGGAUCAACCACAAACAGUAACAACCAUCUAAUCGAGCCUCAGAUCCGCCGGCCUCGUAGCCUCAGCUCGCCAACAGUAACUUUAUCUGCCCCGCUGGAGGGUGCCAAGGACUCACCCGUACGUCGGGCUGUGAAAGACACCCUUUCCAACCCACAGUCCCCACAGCCAUCACCUUACAACUCCCCCAAACCACAACACAAAGUCACACAGAGCUUCUUGCCACCCGGCUGGGAAAUGAGGAUAGCGCCAAACGGCCGGCCCUUCUUCAUUGAUCAUAACACAAAGACUACAACCUGGGAAGAUCCGCGUUUGAAAUUUCCGGUGCAUAUGCGGUCAAAGACAUCUUUAAAUCCCAAUGACCUCGGCCCCCUUCCUCCUGGCUGGGAAGAAAGAAUUCACUUGGAUGGCCGAACGUUUUAUAUUGAUCAUAACAGCAAAAUUACUCAGUGGGAAGACCCGAGACUGCAGAACCCAGCUAUCACUGGUCCGAAGGCUGUUCCUUACUCCAGAGAAUUUAAGCAGAAAUAUGACUACUUCAGGAAGAAAUUAAAGAAACCUGCUGAUAUUCCCAAUAGGUUUGAAAUGAAACUUCAUAGAAACAACAUAUUUGAAGAGUCCUAUCGCAGAAUUAUGUCUGUGAAAAGACCAGAUGUCCUCAAAGCUAGACUAUGGAUUGAGUUUGAAUCAGAGAAAGGUCUUGACUAUGGGGGUGUGGCUAGAGAAUGGUUCUUCUUACUGUCCAAAGAGAUGUUCAACCCCUACUACGGCCUCUUUGAGUACUCUGCAACGGACAAUUACACCCUUCAGAUCAAUCCUAAUUCCGGCCUUUGUAACGAAGAUCAUUUGUCCUACUUCACGUUCAUUGGAAGAGUUGCUGGCCUGGCAGUAUUUCAUGGGAAACUCUUAGAUGGUUUCUUCAUUAGACCAUUUUACAAGAUGAUGUUGGGAAAGCAGAUAACCCUGAAUGACAUGGAAUCUGUGGAUAGUGAAUAUUACAACUCUUUGAAAUGGAUCCUGGAGAAUGACCCUACUGAGCUGGACCUCAUGUUCUGUAUCGAUGAAGAAAACUUUGGACAGACAUAUCAAGUGGAUUUGAAACCCAAUGGGUCAGAAAUAAUGGUCACAAAUGAAAACAAAAGAGAAUAUAUUGAUUUAGUCAUCCAGUGGAGAUUUGUGAACAGGGUCCAGAAGCAGAUGAACGCCUUCUUGGAGGGAUUUACAGAACUGCUUCCUAUUGAUUUGAUUAAAAUUUUUGAUGAAAAUGAGCUGGAGUUGCUGAUGUGUGGCCUCGGUGAUGUGGACGUGAAUGACUGGAGGCAGCAUUCUAUUUACAAGAACGGCUACUGCCCGAACCACCCCGUCAUUCAGUGGUUCUGGAAGGCUGUGCUGCUCAUGGACGCCGAAAAGCGGAUCCGGUUACUGCAGUUUGUCACGGGGACAUCACGAGUACCUAUGAAUGGAUUUGCCGAACUUUAUGGUUCCAAUGGUCCUCAGCUGUUUACAAUAGAGCAAUGGGGCAGUCCUGAGAAACUGCCCAGAGCUCACACAUGCUUUAAUCGCCUUGACUUACCUCCGUAUGAAACCUUUGAAGAUUUACGAGAGAAACUUCUCAUGGCCGUGGAAAAUGCUCAAGGAUUUGAAGGGGUGGAUUAAGCACCCUCUGCCUUGGGGAUGGUUGUUCUUCAAGCAAGUUCUGCUUGCACUUUUGCAUUUGCCUAACAGACUUUUGCAGAGGCGGUGGCAAAGAGCAGCUACAGGCAUGGCCCCUGGAGCCGAGCCUUCGCCAUGCGCUCGUCCAAGUUUGGAUGCGGGAACCAGGUCCCAGCUUGAGUUCCUGCAUUUCCCACCACAAAUUACCAACUGGUUGAUAUGUACACUCAUUACAUUUCAGGAGGACUUACGCUAUUUAUGUUGUGCCUCUGCAGGCAAAGCCCUUAAUAAAUAUUUUUCAUCCUUUCUAAUGACAAUGAAUGGAAUUAAUCACUCUACAGGUAUAGUAUUACAACUCAUGUUUACUUUUUAAAAUGAUUUAGACCGAUUUUCAGAUUUCAUUAUGAUUAAAAAUGUCUCAUGUACUUGGAAAAGUGAGAUUUUUUUUUGUUUUUUUUUUUGUUUUUUUUUGUAUUUCACUUUCAUACCAGGCUUAAUGUCAAUGACAUUUUUAUUCUUGAAGUACUCUGACACCUCCACCCCUCUACUUUAUUAGAAUUGGAAGGCAAGUUUUUGUCCAAAAACCUUCUACAGACAAGUACUUUGAGAGAAUUUCCAAUAUAAUAUUAGACAUAAUGAUAAUUUUUUCCAUACUCAGAAUGAAAAACUGGGUAUUACAUUUCUGUUUUGGGUUUUUUUUUUUGGUUUUUUUUUUUGGUUUUUUGUACAAAUUUAGGUAAUAGCUACAGGCGGAGAGAAUUGUAACAUAGCAUGACAAAUUUUGUGUUGACUUGAAAGGAAUCACACCAUUAUUCCUUAGAAGUAAUUACAUAUGCUCUAACACAUUUGAGACAGGGUUGGACUACCAUUUCUCCUCAGAGAAAUUACUUAACCCUUCCUGAUGCUGUACAGUCAUCUUUUAUUCUACUUCCUCUUUGCUGUUUGUAGUAGAGACAUUUUGAAUGAAACUUGGCACUGCUUGAUUCAAAACUGUAGAAACCAGAUCCGUUACGUCUCCCGUUUGUAUGCGUUUGCUAAUGGUAGCUAAAUAACCAGAUUUUGUUGUAAAUGUACCAAUUCCGGAGGCACUUUAUGUACUACCUGGAGGUCAUAUCUGGUUUUGUUUUUUAUUUUUUUAUCAUGAACAUUAAAUGUGAUGAUGAUUUCUUUUCCCUGCACACAUCUUUCCGGUGCAAUAUCUAUCAAUUGUGAAUCUGGCUGCUGGUGUAUAAAAACCUGGAUGUAAAGCUGAGCCUACAGACCUGUCCUCACCAACUGUUCUGUGAUUUCUACUCAACUACAAAGAUUUAUUUAAUGUACACUUAAUCUAACCGAGUUUUGUUACCGAUGACCUACUGCAUGCUUCGAUAGUACGUACUGCCUGCAUUGUGUCCGUUGUGUGCUAGAUUAAAAGUGAGACAGAAGACUUGACCGCCCAGUUCAGGCUGUUGAGCUGGUGGUGGCGGAGGUCUGAGGGUACCCGCACAGUUUGAUUCUUUUCUACGUGUAAGUCUCUGUUGCAGAAUUGUCGUGCUUUGGGAGAACACCUGAGACAGUGUGGGCGUUGAACGACCCUGCUGUCCUUUUUAACCUGUGUUGUCCUAGACCCUGUCGGGGCAGUUAGAGGGCACUAGAGAUUUGAUCUCAUGCCAGUCAUCAAUAGGACAAAAAAGUUGUGGUUUGGGGAGGUCUGCUUGUUACAUAAAAAGGACCUUUUGGUGUAAGAAAUUGCCUGUUUUUACCCAGCCCUGGAUGGCAUGUGAGAAGCCAUAGGAAGCUGUGGUUGUAAUUGAGUUGUUUAAAGGGGUGCAGAGGCCUGAGGUUUCUAAAAGAAGGUAGAUUUCUACAGAGCUGAGUGUUGGUUCCUUUUAAUUAUUGAUUGAAAAAAGACCUAGUAGUGAUCAGAAAAUGUAGAUGUUAUAUAACUUAAAAAAAAAAUAUAUUCUCAUUAGUUUUGACUGUUGGUGAGAUACUUCCUUUACAGUUAACAUAACAAAUGUCUCAGUGGCAAAAAUCCCCUUUUUGUAAGCCCCCAUAGUCCAGAGUCAGCUCUUUUAAGGACCAUGCCGGAGCCCGAGUUGAGCAGUAUGUUUUCUUGGCUUUUGAGAGUGAUCGUGUAACUGUAGAGGGAGAAAUCCACUUCUAGCCUAAGAACUGGGAUUCUACCGUCAUCUUGUAAACUGCAUAUUGAAAACCACAGAAUUGUCACUAAAUGCAUAUUAAGUAUUGGAAAGUAUAAGAGAAAAAUCAUUCUGACAGUUUCUAAGCCAGGAGCAAACAAGAAUUAUUGAAAUCUACCCCAUGAAUGCUUGACAGUAAUUGUGAGUGGCACCUCAGUUCAUCAACCCUUUGAUAAAAUUAGCUUGAUUUUAAUGACAACCAAAUAUUGCUGAAUGGGGGUUUAGUAUUUUUUAAAAAGUAAAGCAAGGUUCCCUAGUCCUCAGCAAUUCUCAGUUUCUCUCUUUGCCUAAAAUGGUCAUAGAUCUUGAUUUCUCUAAAUUGCAAUGACCACGCCCAGCCAUCUUCACAACAUAGUUGCAGGUAGCGGUGAAGACAGUGUGCUGGGUCAUUCCUUGGGCCCCAACCUGCCCGGCAAGCAGCCCUGGCGGGAAGAGGGCAGUGUUGCCUCUCCCAGAGGUCCCAGCAGCCACACUGCUCUUCAGCUUGGGCGCUCUUUAGCCUCUGUGCUCUCCCAAGCUGGAGAAAUCACCUUAAUGCAGUGUCUUUAGUUGCCUGCGGACGCUGUAGUUAUUAUGGGCCACUUAUACGAAGCUGGGAAGUACAUGCCGGAAGUCAUGCACUGCCUGUUGUGGGUCUCUUAAUAUCAGUUAUCACGGCUGCCUGUGGGCCCCAGGUAUUCCAUUCCUGCCCCUUGUUGGCCCGGGGAAGGAUUUGGAAAGGGCUGAUGGGACAAACAUCCCAACAGCCUGUGCAUCUCCACUGCUGGCCCCGGAGCUGGCAGCAGUGAGGCAUUCGUUCAUUGUCUGAGUUAUGGCGUAUUCCCAGCUUCGGUGCUCUUUUCCUUUUUGUCAGAAAUGUUUAAUGUAGUUUAAAUGCUUCUCUGUAGCCAAUCCUCUAACAAAUCACAAGAACAAAUGUAAGGCAUUUGGCUUUUGUUUCCAGGACCGUUCAGCAGGUGAUGUCAGAUACUCCCUAAAUUCAGACAAUGAAGGAUACAGAGGGACUUGAUGUAUAUUAUUUCUCCUAUAUAAGGACAAAGGGACAGAUAAUGAUGAUGAUUAUUACUAUUUUUAUUAUUUUGAGAUGGAGUCUCUCUCUGUAGCCCAGGCUGGAGUACAGUGGCUCAAUCUCAGCUCACUACAACCUCUGCCUCCCAGGUUCAAGCGAUUCUGCUGCCUCAGCCUCCCCAGGUAGCUGGGAUUACAGGCAUCCACCAUCAUGGCCGGCUAAUUUUUGUAUUUUUACAGACACAAAAUACAGGGUUUCACCAUGCUGGCUAGGCUGGUCUUGAACUCCUGGCCUCAGGUGACCCUCCUGCCUUGGCCUCCCAAAGUGCUGGGAUCACAGGCAUGAGCCACCAUGCGCGGCCUCACAGUGACAGAUUCUGAGAAACAGUGCAAAACAUUUGACCCAUUUUCUACGUCUCCCAUUGUUUCAUAGACAGUGUGCACCGCUGCUGUUAUCUUGCCAGAUCCACAGUGGCCCUCUCAAAAGCCAGGUCCAUACACAGCAACUUUUUAAUUGUUCUAACAGUUACUCAUUAGCAAUCGACUCCUGUAUUUCCUGAGAGUUUUGUACUCACCUCUGAAAUUUCAAAAUGUAUACAGAGAGCCUUGGUUAAUCAGUUCUGCAGCCCCUCCCCGCUGUGCUAGCUCUCCUCUCCUCUCUCCUCCUCACCCUGCCCCUGUACCCCUGUACUAAGAAGGUGGGGUGGGAGGUGCUGUCUGGCAUCAUUUUCUGCCUUGCCAGUAGGGGGUGCCACUGUGCAUGGUAACUGCCUGGCCUGCUCCCUUUCUGACCUUCCCCACCCCGAAGAUCACACGCUACCUCUGUCAUUCAGGCAUUGGGGUACAUCCUGAUAAGUCAUGUCAGAACUGCCAAUUUCAGGACUGAGAUGUGUUUUUAAAACACAAAUUCUUAUAAACUCCACUUUGUACUUUAGAUUUUAAAACUGGGAAGAACGGGAUAUUCUUUGGACCACUUUUUUAUUUUAUAGAAGCCUUAAUAAACAGUGUCUAUACACUCGCAUACGCACACCCUCACCCCAGAUUGUUCUCCGUAUGUCAGAGAAAAUGCCGUAGCAUUAGGACGGGAGCUUGGAGAGAGUUUUCUAGAAAAAGGUUAGCUUCCUGUUGGCAUGAAAUUUUCCAAGCAGACCUCUCAGUCAGUAUCUAUCGUUUGUUAAAGAUGUUCCACUCAAAGCAAUGCAUGUUUCAGGCGCAUGUCUUUCUGUUCGCUGGUUUUCCGUGUGUAAGGAGUAGCGUUGCUGUUGGUCCCUAACCGUGCGUGCACUGCAUUCUCAACCUCGUACCAGUGCGUCGGAAGCCAUCCUCAUGACGAUGACUGUGUCUGCAGGUGUCUCUGUUCAUGUGUAAGCCAGCUUUCCCCUUUUACUCAGACUGAUUUCACCUAGAUUGUCACCGUUUUCCUUCAUGUUGAUGUUAUGUGACUUUGUUCUUCCUUUACUACUAUGUAUGUAAUAUAUAUGCAUAUAUACGUACAUAUGCUGUCCAAAUAUAUUUGUAUAUAUUUGUAUAGCAUUUUUACACCUUUAUUGAGCAAUCUGGUUUCGAAAGGGAGUGAGAGCUUAAUCCCUUCUACAGUUUUCUCGAAGCUGUGACCUGCAAAUUGCUAUCCUUGGAGCCUGAGAAAACCCUAGGAAGGUUAUGUCAAUUUGCUGUCAUUUCUUAAUUCAGGAUCUAUCAUCAAAUGAAACAUGAAAAAACAGUGACUUUUAAGGUGAAAAGAAUGUCAAGCAUUCCAAAUAAAUUCUCAAUGUUUCAUAACUUUUUAUUAUAAACCCACCUCCUAAUAGGAAGCCAAGUCCUAUUUGAUACAAUGGUAAAAACCAAACUACCUUGAAGUUUUUUUUAAGACAACUUAUGGAUAAUGCUCAUUUUCACAAUCAGAAUAGCUUUAAAAUAUGGUUGAAUUUGAUACACACAGGAAAAGUUUUCUUUGAGAACAAAUCCUUUUCGCUUUUCUUUUUCUUGAGAGAUCUGAAGAGAAACUGUAGAUUGUUUUCCUGACAGCAAAAGACUAAUGUGACAAAAUGAAGUCAUUGUAAAGAAGUGAUGCAACUUGUCAAAUAUUUAAUAAAGAAUUAUGGAAGCUGGAACAUUUUCUA